UCACUGGGUCAGGGGUGCCCUGCCAGUCCCCGGGCCGCGCGGCGUGGCGGGGCGGGGCUCGGGUGGCCGGGGCCGCGCGCGGGAAGCGGCCGCCGCCCGGGCUGCGCGGGGCGGGGCGGUGCCCGGCGCACUGGAAGGAGAGGCUGCGCUCGCCGGGAGCCGCGCCGCCUGCUCCGCGCACCGACGCCGCCAUGGGGCUCGAGACCGAGAAGGCCGACGUGCAGCUCUUCAUGGACGAGGAAGCCUACAGCCACCAUGGCGGCGUAGACUACGCCGAUCCGGAGAAGUUCGUGGACUCCGGCCACGAUCGGGAUCCCCACCGCAUCAACUCGCAUCUCCAGCUGGGCUUCGAGGAUGUGAUCGCAGAGCCUGUGACUACACACUCCUUUGACAAAGUGUGGAUCUGCAGCCAUGCCCUCUUUGAAAUCAGCAAAUACGUGAUCUACAAGUUCCUGACCGUGUUCCUGGCCAUCCCCUUGGCCUUCGCUGCGGGAAUUCUCUUUGCCACUCUCAGCUGUCUGCACAUCUGGAUUUUAAUGCCUUUUGUAAAGACCUGUCUGAUGGUCCUGCCUUCAGUGCAGACAAUAUGGAAGAGUGUGACAGAUGUUGUCAUUGCCCCAUUGUGUACAAGCAUGGGGCGAAGCUUCUCUUCUGUCAGCUUCCAACUGAGCCACGACUGAACACUUAAACCCUGGAUCUGGAGACUUUGGAAACUGUAAUACUUCCUUGUUGUUGUGACAUAAAAGCACUACUGUUCUGUUCAUUUCUCAACUGUUCUAAUUAAGAAAACUAUUAAGAUGGGCAUUCACAUUUAGAAAUGUAUAUUGGCAGAUCUUUUCAAAUAAUACUUUUCCAAUAAUAGCCAAGGAUUUGAUAUUUUAUUUUAUAACCAAAAUUGUACAGCAGGUUGUCAACACUUAAUAUUAAAGGCAGACAGUUUUGACUUCAGUACAAAGGUAUAUAUUUUAAACUGAUGAAUUAAUAAUGAUCAAAGGACAGGUCCUUCAAAAUACUACAAUAGUUUUGUGCACUACUGCUCAUAACAGUAUAGAAUUUCUUGUUUUCUUUUACUCUGGGAGUAAUACUUUCAAAAUUACUUGUAAAGGUAUGAUCAUAAGGAUACCUAAAUAUAGAACUACAAAGAUCCUAGAAAUUGCAUAACAAAAGUACACAGUGAUGAAAUAAAUGUGAAAAUAGAUCGUCAAAAUGUGUUUCUUUAAGAUAUUGUUAACCCACAGGUCUAUUUAACAAGAUGUUUCAUUUUACUGUAUAUUUUGCACUUAAUAUAAAUGUUGCCCUAAUCAGAUUGCUUUAAAGGAUUUUAUUAUAUUUGUUAUCUUGUUGAACUAAUGUAUAGAAUAACUAAAUGUAUUGCCCACAAGGUAACUUCAUUGGUAAGAUUGCAUUUAUAUAGCUUCUUUGGGCACAGAAUGUAGAAGAGUGGUAUAUGAGGCUUUCAUUUCUAAGUUUUUCAACCAAAAUCCUGAAAUGUUUUAUGGCUGAUAUUUAUUUAGCUAUGUUACCAAGAUAAUUAAUAUCUAGUUGCAAUUUUGUCUAGAAGAUUCUUUCUCUUUUGCAGUUAGAAAUUGAAUCUGUAUUUUACAUUCCUAUGAAUGUUUCACUUUACUUUUAGGUAAUAUUGGUGCUAUUUAAUAACAUUUUUGAUAAAGGCUAUUUCUGACACUUAAGGACAAUUUUUACUACAAUGAUUAAUGUAGUAAUAUUUAAAGGAGAGCUUUCAAUUUUGAGGGUCCAUGAUACUGGGCUACAUGCAUACAUUAACAACUAAUGGCUACAAACUUAAAUGUUCUCUAAUAUGUAUUUUAUAAGAAAAUAUAAAGCUAACUAUCUUUUUUGAGGUAUAAAGUCCUAUUUUAGUUUUACAGGUUACCAUUGCUUUAAAAAUCUCAUUAUUGCAACAUGAUAGGCACAUAAAAAAAAGUCUAUAGUGUGAGUAGUUACUACAAUUUAUAAACCUUAGUGUUCAAAUUUCAGAAAUAAUAUCAGAACCUGAAUUAACAUUUCUUUGAAUAUCCUUCUAACAAAAAUCUUAAUUCAAUGCAGAUUAAUACAGUUUUUCAAAAUUGCCAGUUUUUGUGGAUAUAAAAUAAAACAUGAUUGAACUAGAAUACCAUUGGGAACAAAGUCAAGAGAAUAAUUAAAUUAUGAAACUAAUAUCCUUCGGAAGGUAGUUGUAAAAGGGAUAUUCCAAGACUGCCUUAGGACUUUGUAGCAUCCUUUAAAAGACAUGAUCAUUACCUUAAAACAUUGCCACCAUUUGGCUAUAUAGAUUUUAUUGUAUUUGUUUAAAAGGCCAAUCAGUCUCAUGAGUUUAUAGUUAUUCUUUGUGUUUAAAAUGUCUUUAAAGGGCUGGCAGAGUAGCUCAAGUGGUAGAGCACCUACCUAGCAAACACAAAACUCUGAAUUCAAACCCCAGUAUUGCCAAAAAUAUAGUUUUAAACAUUUAGAUAUGAUUAGCCAAAAAUAUUUGAUUAAUAAAAUAUCUAUUUUAAUAAAUGAUAUGCUUUGAUCUUUUCAAAUAGUU